AUGGCGAUUCACCUCUACCCUUUGUUUGAGAAGUCGCUGAGGCACCGGCUUACUGUCUUUCCAAUCCCAGUAACAGUUGCUUCACUGGCUCCCAGCCAAGAAGGAAUACAAGGAGACCGGAACAACUCAGGAGUGGACAUUGUUAGUCUGGCAGAUGGCAGGCACAGGCCCUGUGCCUCACAAAAUUGCAGAACCAUGCAACAGGGCAGCACCUGGGUUAGAACAAGGGGCUGUGCAAGUGGUGCAGACCCCGCACUUGACUCUUUGGAAGUGAAUAAUGCCAUGACGGAGGUGAGACACAAGAAGCUCUGUCUGCUUUACACAGAAUGUUGUCUGAAGCUGAAGGAGGCAAACACUGUUGGCAACUGGGAGAGACCUACUAUGGUGGGAGGCCGUGCAAGGCAUGAUAUGUAUGGGCGUGAGAAGUGUGUGCAAGGUUGUCAUCCAGCAAUGAAUGGUGGGACUGUAAGUUAUGCUGACAGUCCUGGCGACAGCGAGCUAUGUCUUCCGGAGACUGAUGAUAGUGACAGGGGCCAAAAUUCAGCUGACCUAGUGGCAGGCAGUGAAAGGGGUGGAAAGGCAACUGGGGUGGACAGUGACUCUGAUGCUGAGAAGGGUGGGGAUGCUUUUGUUGGCCGGCAGGUGAGGAAAAGGUUUGGUAGAAAAUUCUAUGCAGGAAAGGUAACAAGAUAUGACCCUGCUGUCGAUUGGUAUCUUGUGGAGUAUGAGGAUGGUGACUCAGAAGAAGUGGGCUAUGAAGAACUGGUCACAAUAAUAAAACCACAGAAAUCAGGUGCUGUAAAGAAGGGUGCCAAAACUGCAUUGGGUGACAAGAGGAAAGGGGAAGAGGAAAUGGCAAAUGGCCAUGGCACCAAGAGGAGUCGGAGUACUGGCCGGUGGCUCUCACCAGAAGACAGGUUUGCAUUGAGAAUUGAAAGACUAAAGCCUGCAGAUUGGCCAGUGGAGGCUGAGAAAAUUUUGGCAAGUCUUGGGGAGAAUCCUCUGGAGAAUGACCAUGAAUGGCAGCUGCCUAGUCGAAAAGAGAGUGUGGAGAAGGCACAGGGCAUUUGGCACCUCCUUCCUGAGGCUGUUGACUUCUUGAUGGCAGCUGAAGCAGAUGUGAAUGCAUGCAUAAUCAACCUCCCUUCCUGCCUCCGCAGAAUCAAGGAAGUUCAGAAGGAGUUCUAUGUUACACUGCGUGAGGCAGAGUAUGAGGAGAAGGUGAGGAUCAACAAGAAUUUGAGCCUGGCCAUGAGUGGGGAGAACAACACUAGCAAUGCGCUGCGCAUGACAGAGCGCCGAAUGGAGGGCAAGCGCUUAUACAAUCAGAACAUUGUUGGCCACAUACCUGGUGUGCCAAUUGGCAUCCAAGUCCAAUCCCGUGCUGAGCUGAAUUGCCUCAGCCUGCACAAUUCACGAUCGACCAGCAUCUGCUGCAUACGGUGCUCCCAGAUCUCUGGGGUGACAAGCAUGCCAGAGGUUGGGGGCUCCAUAGCAGCCAGUGUAGUCGUCCCACAGCCACAGGAAGAGUCAGACGGGGAUGAAGGUGAGCUGAUCUACACAGGCCUGGGGGGCGUGAGCUUAGUGUCACGGCCAAAGGCAGCACUGAAGAGACGGGUGUUCUCGGGGACAGGCUGCAAACCUUCUGGAAAUGGUAAGAAGGACAGCUGCCAUCAAACAAACAAUGCACUGGAAAACAACCAUCGAUUGGGCAUCCCGUUCCGGUUAAUUCGCAAGUUGCGCAGCUUCGCAGGUGUUACAAAGUAUGUGUGGCUGUACGCUGGCCUGUGGGUUGUGUCCCAUGUGUGGUGGGAGGUUGGUGAUGAGGGCUUCUCCAUUCCAAAGUUCAAGUUUGUUAGGCUGACCCCCGAUGCUGGGGAUGGGCUACACAUGGAAAGGGCCAGUGCCAUCUUCAAGGGCAUUUUGAGCUCCAAGGAGGAGGUCAUCUGUGAUGACCUCUCAUGUGGGUUGGAGUAUCCAAUGAAGAUUCAGGUAGUAAAUGGCGUUGAUGAUGUGACAGACCUUUGGAAUGAUGCACCUGAUCCACUAUCAAUGAGUGGGGAGAACUCCAGUGUGAAGCCCAACUUCACCUACAUCACAGACUAUGCAUAUGGAGAUGACGUCCCUGCGCCCAAGCCCCUAGGGAAAUGGGGCUACAGAUGUGCCCUCCACAUUGCCCAUGGGAAGGUUGCUGAGCUGAAUGGUGAAUUGCCAUUUGCAAACUGUGGAGCCCAGGUGCCACUCCUUGUUGAGAGGAGGUGCAUUCUGUAUGAGUGCGGGCUUUGGUCGGGGUGUCCUCUCUACCCCAAUUGUCCCCAAUCUGUGACAGGAAGGGGCAUCCAUUUCAAGCUGCAGGUAUUCCGGACUGCAAAUCGGGGCUGGGGAGUGCGUGCAUUAGAGGGCAUCCCUAUGGGUGCUUAUGUGUGCACUUAUGUUGGUGAGGUCCUUCACCACCAAAAUGCAGAGAAGCUAACAGACAAGCGAUAUCUGUUUGACCUCUGCAAGCGGACAGAUAUGACAGAUGACAACCAAUAUUUGGAUGUGCCCAUGGACAACGUAGAGGUGACAUAUGCAGUGAAUGCCAAGCACCGUGGAAACAUAGCCCGUUUUAUCAACCACAGUUGCGACCCCAACCUGUAUGUGCAGCCUGUGCUGUCAGAUCACCACCAAAAAGAUUUGCCCAAAAUCUGCCUGUUCUCGAUGAAGGCGAUAUCAAAGGGGGAGGAACUGACCUAUGACUAUGGCUACCAAUAUGUGAUGAACCACUUGGGUGGAGGCUGCCAUUGUGGAUCAAGUCGGUGCAUUUGUGCCAAGCCUGCGAGCAUGAUCUCAGCUUGGAAGUAUGGUGAUAGAGGCCUGGAUGCUACAGAUGAGAUGACAGAAUGA